AUGGCUGUACCGAAAAAGAAGUUAACCGGCACCAGCCCGAACACCGCGACGUUUUUGCUCACCAAACAACCGGAAGAUUACGUGGACGAUCAUCGGGUGAAAAUCGUCAUCGUAGGCAGUGGUUACACGGGUGUUGCCGUUGGAAUCGCGAUACUCUUCAAGCGGUUGGCCUCUGAGCUGGUGUUCAUAGACGCGAACGAGGAUCUGGCCAAGGCGGAGGCGGAAGACAUCGGUCAUGUGGCAGCGUUCCUAGGAGAUCCGAAGAUCAUCGGCACCAAAGAUUAUUCGUUAGCUAGGGAAGCAGCCGUUUGCGUAAUUACCGUCGGCGACAAGUCGACGAACGAGGAAGCCUCUUUGGAACAGAAUUUGAAUGUCUUCAAAGAGGUUAUACCUAACGUCUGCAAGUAUGCACCGAACAGUGUACUCUUGAUCGUCACGUCACCAGUGGAUAUACUAUCGUAUGCAGCGUUUAAACUGUCCGGUUUUCCACCGCAACGCGUGGUAGGUCUCGGAACAUUUUUAGACAGCUGCAGGUUUCAGUAUUUCAUCGCGCAGAAGCUUGGACUUUCGGCGAGCUCGGUGCAAGCGUCUGUAAUCGGUGAAAACGGAUCCAGCUCGGUGCCGAUCUGGUCCACCGUAACCGUGAGGGGCAUCAAAUUGAAAGACAUCAACAAAGAUAUCGGUACCAAGACGGAUCCCGAGUCUUGGGGUGAUCUCCACUCGAAAGUAAUCGACAGCGACAGCGAUCUUAUCGCGAGAAAGGGUUAUCGAUGCUGGGGCAUUGGCAUCUGUGCUGCCGAAGUUGUGGACGCGAUCGUACGGAACACCUGCAUCUGCAUCACCGUCUCUACCUAUGUGAAGGGCUGCCGACACGGUUUGGAAAAGGACGUCUACAUGUCUCUGCCGUGUGUAGUCGGUAGAGAGGGCAUUCAAACGCUUUUGCGUCAUCAGUACACGCCGGAAGAACAAGAUCUAAUGGAAGCCUCCUGUCGAAUCAUCUACGAGACGCAAAAAUCGAUUCUUCAAAUGUUGGAAUAA